AUUUCUGCAGGGUCCAGUACCAGAAGACGUACACGACUACUGAAGAACCAAGUCAGCAAAAGUGUCGACCAAGACCAGCCUGACCGAGCCGAGCAUAAGGAUGGCACAUCGGUUGACGGAUCCUCAUCCGAUGCCCAUCCACAGACCUACGAGGGCCAAAGUCAUGGCCCUGUGGUAUUGAAGGUUGAUGACAUACCAGAGUUGCAAAUAUCUCUUCUAUCAGACCAGCACCCACAAUCAGUUUUCGACCUCCAAAUUGUACAUCUCAUGGCGUUCCUCCAACAAUAUCACCCAACAUCUUCCAACCCAGAACAGCUUUCAAGGAUUCUCAGUUUAUUUGAGGGGUACCAGUUCAUCUGUCCGCACAUACAGCUAGUUUAUCCGUGGUACGGCUCUGUCCCCUCAAUCGAUAUCAAGAUAGACUCCAAAAUCGGCUGGAGCGCAAAGGUGCAGCUAUCUCACAAAUUGGCGGAAGAACUGAUUGAAUACAUUCAAAACCUCAUGCGUGUCGACGUCGGAAACGGAGGACAUAGGGAUUCCCAACAAGACUAA